AUUUAUGAAGAAGAAGAAGGGUUUGAUACUCAGCUACUUUUUCUUGGAAUCCUUGUGAGCGGCAUUCUUCUGCUCUUUAUUAUUGCUGUGUAUCAUUGGCUUACCUCUCGUGCACGUUCGGAGGCUACACAAUCAACGCAUCCAGGUACUCAAAUUAACAAGCGAAAUUCUGAAAACGAAUACGCAUCCUUGGCUAACAAGACCAAACAGCUUUCAGGUGUAAUAAGCCCCUCUCGGGGUCGUGAGCAUCGUGGUAAUGUGUUACACUCAUCGCCGUAG